GGGAGGUUUCGUUUUGCACAACAUCUUCAGAACAAGCUACAGCUGCAGCACACAACAGAUACUCCUACUUCCAGCUCGGUCGGACUCGGAGUCGGAGCACACAACAUCUUCAGCAGUUCAGCUAGUUAGUUGUUUUAGAUAAUAGUUCAGCUAGUUAGUUACGACGAUAGUGUCUGUGACUUGUGAGAACCAAGUGAGCAAUCAUAUGGCGGCGUCUCUGCUCGGCCUGUACAACGGGGGCAGCGGCCGGGGCAGGAGGGUCCACGCCAGGAGCGGCAGCCGGCGGUCAGCUGCCGUGGUGAAGCAGUUGCUGUCGAGGUUGAGCCGCUAUUGGAGGAGACGCGCGGUGCGGCCGAGGCGAACCGCGGUGAGGUUCGGGUAUGACCUGCAUAGCUACUACCAGAACUUCGACGACGGCAUUGCCUCCUCCGGCCACCACCGCUUGUAGCUCUGUACCUAGCUAGUUGCCACUUCUGUACUUAUGGUUGCUACUAAUUGCCGGUGACUAUCACUACUUGAAAAACUUACUAAGAGAGCGCCCCUCCCCACACUGUAGGGGCGAUUAACAUUUGAACCGCUCUUACAGUGGGUGGACAGCCAACCAAAUAGCCAGCCGCCCUUGUAGUGUUCUCUGUAGGGCCGGUUGGUGUUACCAGCCGCCCUUACAGUGGGGGAGGCACUGUAGGGGCGGCUGGUAACAACAACCGCCCCUACACAGGUCUGUACCAUAACUAGCCAGCCCACUCUUCUUCCUCCCCGAGCCACUCACUUCCACUCGCAAAAAAAGGUUUGGAAGGCCUUGGACACCUCCCUAAAAUCACUCUAGGAAGGGGGGAGGUUUUGAACUUAAAUCCUUUGGUGGGGAGCUUGUUUAAGGUAAGAAAAUGCUAUUCCCACCCUCUAAUCCAUGUUUUAUUGGUUGGUUAGUGAGCAAUUUACAUUUUGGUUUUCUCUCUCUUCCAUGGAGCUUGAGCUUUGUGUUGACCAAAUUAGAGCUUAUCUAUGAUGCUAUUAGUAUAGAAUAGGUAGAGACACCACCUUGCACCAUCAAUUAGGUGAUAUAGCUUGAUUUUAUUGAAGAUUAAUUGUAGUUUCAUGUAUGGAGAGAAAAGGCAUUCUAGAUCUAGGGUUUCCUUUUUUUGUUUUUGUUUCAUGAAUUUGUAAUGUGGUUGGCAUGAAUAGUUAUCGGUAAACUAAUAGUUGUUGUUAA